AUGUCCAAGCCAUUGACGGACCAAGAGAAGAGGAAGCAAAUUUCCGUGCGAGGUCUCGCCGGGGUUGAAAACGUCUCGGACCUCAAGACCAAUUUUAAUCGCCAUCUGCACUUUACUUUGGUUAAGGACCGUAAUGUUGCAACGAAGCGCGACUACUACUUCGCAUUGGCGCACACCGUGCGCGACCAUUUGGUGGGAAGAUGGAUCCGGACGCAGCAGCAUUACUACGAGAAAGACCCGAAACGUGUGUACUAUCUUUCUCUGGAAUUCUACAUGGGUCGGACCCUUCAAAACACCAUGGUAAACUUAGCUUUGGAGAAUGCUUGUGACGAGGCCAUCUAUCAGUUGGGUCUGGAUAUGGAGGAGCUGCAGGACAUGGAGGAGGAUGCUGGCCUGGGCAACGGAGGCCUUGGUCGAUUGGCAGCUUGCUUCCUGGACUCCAUGGCAACCUUGGGCCUGGCAGCGUAUGGAUAUGGAAUCCGUUAUGAGUUUGGAAUCUUUAAUCAGAAAAUCGUGAAGGGCUGGCAGGUGGAGGAGGCGGAUGAUUGGCUGCGCUAUGGAAACCCUUGGGAAAAAGCCCGGCCUGAAUACAUGCGUCCUGUGCAUUUCUAUGGUCGGGUGGAGCACCACCCUGAUGGAGUGAAAUGGGUGGACACACAGGUGAUCCUUGCUCUCCCUUAUGACACACCUGUCCCAGGAUACAGAAACAACAUUGUUAACACAAUGAGGCUCUGGUCUGCCAAAGCUCCAUGUGAAUUCCAUCUCAAAGACUUUAAUGUUGGUGGUUACAUCCAGGCCGUUCUGGAUAAGAAUCUUGCUGAGAACAUCUCUCGUGUGCUUUACCCUAACGACAACUUCUUUGAGGGGAAAGAGUUGCGUCUGAAGCAGGAGUAUUUUGUGGUGGCUGCGACUCUCCAAGACAUCAUCCGCAGGUUCAAAGCUUCCAAGUUUGGCUCAAUUGAGGAAGUGCGCAUGGAUCUGACCACACUGCCAGAUAAGGUUGCUAUACAGCUGAAUGACACUCAUCCUGCAAUGGCCAUCCCUGAACUGAUGAGAAUACUGUUGGAUGACGAGAAACUGAUGUGGGACACGGCAUGGGACAUAACUGUGCGUACUUGUGCAUAUACUAACCACACUGUUUUACCAGAAGCUCUGGAACGCUGGCCCGUUGACCUGUUCCAAAACCUUCUGCCCCGUCACCUAGAGAUCAUCUACGAGAUUAACCGACGUCACCUGGAGCGGAUUUCUGCGCUCUACCCUGGUGAUUAUGAGCGUAUGAGACGCAUGUCUCUCAUUGAGGAGGGAGGUCAGAAGAAGAUCAACAUGGCUCAUCUCUGCAUCGUUGGCUCUCAUGCAGUCAAUGGCGUGGCACAAAUCCACUCCGACAUUAUUAAAGACACUGUUUUUAAGGACUUCUAUGAAGUGGACCCAGAGAAGUUUCAGAACAAGACCAAUGGUAUCACACCUCGUCGCUGGCUUGUCAUGUGUAACCCUGGACUGGCUGAGGUUAUCGCUGAGAGAAUUGGAGAGGACUACAUUCGUGACCUAUGCCAGCUGAAGAAACUCUUGAAGUUUGUGGAUGAUGACGCUUUAAUUCGAGACAUUGCCAAAGUCAAACAGGAGAAUAAAAUGAAAUUUGCAGCGCUUCUAGAGGAACAAUAUAAGGUGAAGAUUAACCCAAACUCCAUGUUUGAUGUCCACGUGAAGAGGAUCCAUGAAUACAAAAGGCAGCUGUUGAACUGUCUGCACAUCAUCACCCUCUACAACCGCAUCAAGAAGGAGCCUAACAAGGCCUGGACUCCAAGGACAAUUAUGAUUGGAGGAAAGGCCGCCCCCGGGUAUCACACAGCUAAGAUGAUCAUCAAACUGAUCACGGCAAUUGGAGAAGUGGUAAAUAAUGAUAGUGUGGUGGGAGAUCGUCUGAAAGUCAUCUUCCUUGAGAACUACAAGGUCACCCUGGCUGAGAAAGUCAUCCCUGCGGCUGACCUGUCCGAGCAGAUCUCCACAGCAGGAACAGAAGCUUCUGGAACAGGCAACAUGAAGUUCAUGCUGAAUGGAGCUCUGACCAUCGGCACCAUGGAUGGGGCUAACGUGGAGAUGGCUGAAGAGGCGGGAGAGGAGAACCUCUUCAUCUUCGGCAUGAGAGUGAAGGAUGUGGAAGCUUUGGAUAAGAAAGGAUACGAUGCCAUGGAGUAUUAUAACCGCAUUCCAGAACUGAAACAAGCUAUGGAUCAGAUUUCUAAAGGAUUCUUCAGCCCUGCAGAGCCUGACCAGUUUCAAGACAUUGUCAAGAUGCUGAUGCACCAUGACAGGUUCAAGGUGUUUGCUGACUAUGAAGACUACAUUAAAAGUCAGGAGAAAGUCAGCGCCUUGUAUAAGAAUACUAAAGAAUGGACCAAGAUGGUCAUCCACAACAUUGCUGGUUGUGGCAAAUUCUCCAGUGACCGCACCAUCGGCCAGUACGCCCGUGAGAUCUGGGGCAUGGAGCCUAGUCUGGAGAAGAUCGCAGCCCCAGAUGACCCCCGCUAAGUCCUUCCACAAUAUCAAAAUCUUCCAAUGUUGUAGCUGUUCUCACAUUCAAUUUAUUUAACAUUGUGAAGAUGUAUAAAGGCGAG